AGUCAGCACAGUCAGAGGCUUCUAGCGUAUGAGAAAUAAUUGGAUGAUCUGUACCCUUGGCGAUUGUCCCUGCGACGUGAGGAGUAGACGCAGUUGAGACCGUAACAACGACAGUGAACGCAGACGGGGCGCUCGCCGGAGCAUCUCCUCUUCCGCUCCUUACAAGCAUCGCAGGCAUGGGAAAUACGAGAACGCUGUCGAAUCGCACCUCCAGCGGUCUCAUUGUCCUGAGCGAUCGGCGUCGCUGGUGCUGAAGUAGGAGAGGGUGUGUCGAAGGGUCCAUCGAUGGUUCCAUCGAUAGGCUUAGAGUGACUAGCCAUGCCAAAGUCCGAUGUCAUUGGGUUCUACUCUGUCGCGCCAAAAGCGGAUCCUACAGUCUUUAUAUACUCCAGCCGGCGAACGCGAGUACGCUUUACGGCCCCAAGACCUCCAUUACGUAUCCAACAAUCUUAAUCUUCUUUUCACCCGGCCCAAUCACAACAUGCGGACCCUUUCCCUGAUCACGCGCGACAUUCAGGGUCCAAUCUUGGAAGUCCGGCAGUUGGUACCGUAAAUGAUGCCUGCACAUCGCUAACAGCACGGCUGCAGCUGGAUAUAUCAAAACGGUAAUUCCUUUACCGGUACAUUCUUUGCGAACACCGAAUACACACACGGCUGACGCUGGCAUACAGAUCAGGGUAGCUGUUACCUGAUCAAUUACAAGACAAGCGCCCUUGUCGUCAAUGGAUCCUGCCUCAUGUACAUACCGUGGUACGUCACCAGCAGCAAUUGCGCCUCGAUCUUCCCAUUAUUGCAUGGUUACCGGGCCGUCUUGAAGUUCCUUUAUACUUAAGCUUAAGUGUGAUGCGGACGUAACGGUUGGACCCUGUCUGUCGAUCAUGCCCGGAUUGGUCAGUACGCUCAAGGUUCACCGGCCCGGAGGAUUCCGGAGCAGCCGGCUUCACCCCAAACAGCAUGUCGGGACCUGCCUGAAGUUCGUCGGUAAAC